AAGGAAACUUAUGACAACCCACAGGAUCGAACUUUCCGGCGGCUGCCAAAAACAUCGGUAACUUGAGGCCAACGAAAUCAAUUUAUAAAAAGUGAAAAAGAGAGAAAAAAACACAUCAUCCAAACAGACCCUUUGAAUUUUUUCUUUCGGACAGAUACGAAACCGCCACCCCGACCUGACUUACCACCACCAUCGCCUCUCCGUGUUUCUUAUGUUGGAUGUUAAUGAUUAAUGAAUGCGACCAGAUUUUGCCCGGCGGCCGGAAGAUUGAUUGAGAAAUUUUGAUCCGGAAAAGAUAUAAUGGUGUUAUGGGAAUUGACAUUGGGGACUGCUUAUUUUCUGGGUCUCAAGAGAACUUACCGAUUGGCGCUCAAGAUUCAGCGAAAGCUCAUUAGCCCCAAGCAUACCAAGAUCCGCCAAUUUGCUCACAGGCGAACUAGAGCUGUAUUUGAUGUUGCAAUCAAAGUGCAUAGAAAUGUACAAGAAAGAGAUCUUGAAGUUGGUCGGAACCUCGGCAAUAGAAUACUGAGAUGGCUCGACAGGAUGAAGCCAUCUGCUGAGAUUCGGCCAAAGCCUUCGCUAGGUGAUUCUGCGAGCUCAACUGCACAAAAGCAACUUACCAACUCAUCUCAGAAGACUACAACAACUGUCCAAAGAAAUGGAGCGAGAACCGAGGGCCAUGAAUCGGACAGGCAUUUCUUUACCUCGUCAAGGAACAUUUGGCCUAAAUCCUUUCCUAGUAUUUCAAAGAUGGUGCGAACAACAAAGCCGGCUGGAAUAAACACUCAAUAUCGGCAUUUGAGUGUGUAUAAUCCACCAGGGGCCGCUGCGAGUUACGGUGGAUUUGGCCGUAGGGGAGCAAUUCGCGAGGACAUACUGCAGUGGAUGUUACGAAAUUAGUGUAUCGGGUUGAAGUUGCACCUUGUAAUUUAUAUCACAUCGUGCAUUAUGGCACUCUUUGACAUGGAGUUUAACAGUGACUGUAGAAGUCUAACUUGAUGCCGCAGAAUGCAUUGUUGGAAACUCUUUGUCGAAGAAAUCAAUAAAGCUUUAAAAAUUUUCCCUUCGAUUUUCAAUGUCAUGUUUACUGGUGUUGCCCCUCAAGAGUGAUCACAGAUGGAAUGAACAACGUAGUCACUAUCUUUUUCAAUAUGCGAACUUCAGUCACUAAACAUCUUGCAGUGUGAUUUAGCUUCACUUUCACACUUCAUCCUACGCACUUUAUCCACUAUACACUCCCCUGUUCCAAGCAUUUCGUAGGCUGUAGUAUGAAAACUUUAUCAUGUUGACCACUCAAUAAACGUAAAGUUGAAAUUGGAAAAAACCAAUUGAAAGUAACUGAGACAUUCAGAAAAAUGGAAGUGCAAAGUUUAGUUGCAACGGAG